ACUGGUUAAGAGAGUGAAGUGAACCCAAAGUAGGGCCUAUGCACCUCGUUCUUCUCUGCAACAUUCUUAGCAACAGAUAAACCCGAUAGCCUUUCUUUUAUCAACAACUCGCACUAAACAAAAGAAAGAAUCACAAUGACGAAAAUUGUGUUCCAUCAACCUUUUAUUUUUCGAUAAAUCUUCCAAACAUUGGGAAGUUACUUAACCAUUGUUGACUCAAUCACACUGAAGACGCGGACCGCUUGCACGCAAACGUAACGUAGUAUGUUUGGAAACACAAUGGCGCAUGACGGUUCUGCACCGCAUACGUACUGCACACGGAUUAUGUGUGGCCCAGGCGUUACUUGGAGCAAUCGCGUUUCUCUCCUAUAGCUUACUGUGGACCAAUCACGUUUCUCUUGUCUGGCAUACUUUCGACCAAUCGCGUUUCUCUCCUGUUCCUUACUUUUGACUAAUCACCGGCCGCUGCGCUGUUAUUGUCAUCCUUGUAAAAGGUAAAUGCUAUGCUUUACUUGAUUAUUUAAUUGAAUAGCUUUUCCCAUUAUUAAUAUAGAACAAAACAUGUCGCUACCGAUCAGAUAAGUUAAAAUCAUCCUCUGUCCGCUAAUUAAGUGGUCAACAAUGAAGUGUGUUUUGCAUGCAGUCAUGUCUUCUGCCUAUGAAGAACAAACUGAUAAAACAAUUUGAUGAGGUACAAGUGUGUGAGUAAGAUUCUUCGAAGAAGAAUAAUAAUAAGAAAAGUUUGUGAAAAAAACAAGCUGUUUUUUAAUUUGUUAAAGUUAACAAAGGCAUUGUUGAAAAAUAGCCUAGACUAAAAGUUUUAAAUAGUAUAGUGGAAUAAAUGUAGACUGUGAUAGACUGUGUGUGUGUUUGAGAGUUGACAUUUGAAAGUAAACAUCAUCAGCAGAACAUUCUAUCAAUGUAGGUCUAUGGGAUUUCUGAGAAGUUUGAUCGGCUGUUUUAGGAAAACCGCAAGUCUGAUCCCUUAGAAAUGACAUUGCAACUAGAGUCACACCAGCCUGAAGAUCUGUGUGAUCUGUGAAAUUAAAUUAUUCCUGGAUCAAUAAAAAAGGGGGGAAAAAAAAACUGUAAUAUGCUUAAGGUGUAGCUUGUUAAAGUAUACAUGUAUCUUUGAGGUAAUAGUCUCUUUCGGAUUUCUUAUUUCAGAAAAUGUACACAUACCCCGUUUUUCGCCGCCAAUUGGCAACAUCAACCUGACUCCACAUGGCGCCAUCGCCAGAGGCGAAGCGCCUUGAAAAUGUUGAGUCUGGAAGGGCCAAACCGAAGUUGCAGGUGCUGGCAGAGGCCAGUUCUUUUGUCAGCUCAAACAGUGGAGACACCAGUGACCAGUUUUUAGUACUGGCUCACUGCAAACUUCAGUUUGGGAAGUACCAGGGCCAGAGAUUCAGAUGGCUCCUGGAAAACUCUCUGGGGUACGCAGUGUAUUUGGUACUCAGAAUUUCCAAUGAGACGGCGAACACAACCCCCCUGUCACAAAAUAAACAAGUGUUCCUACGGUACACCUCUCAUAUUAGAGAGAUGGUAGAAGGAGUGGAGAAGUACAAGAGGAAGCAAGAAAUGCACACUGAAGCCCAGGCAGUUGGAGAUCAAGGCUUCUUGAUGGUGGAGUUUGUUGACUUCCAGGGCCGGUCCAUGAAAGAUGUUUAUGAGGACCAGAGCAAGAUACCUAGUUAAGGCAGAUGCCGGGCCCAACACUAACAUGACCAUUUUUAAAAGCUAUGUAGUGAAAAGACAGGCUUCUACUGUGGGCAGCAGUGUAUGUCAGCCUGCACCUCCAUCUGCAACAUCCACCCGCAGCCUCUAGUGCCUCUUCACAUCCAUCCACACCCUCCACUACCUCUGCUUCUCCGCUUAUAGCACUCCAAACUGUUGUACAGCAGACUGUCACUGUGAAAGAGCUGUUGGCACUUGACAAAUAUUUGUUUCCUUAACAGCUGGCAAGGAAAUUCCUGUCACCAGUUAAAUCCUGUGUGUAGGAGUGUUAAUAUUGAAUUUUUCAAACUUGUCAACUUGUUGUUUCCAGAUCCAUUACUGAAGGUCACUUUACCUCCUCCAGCAGCAGAACUCCCAGCCAAACAUUUGGCCCAAAGGCAGCUUAUCAUAAUUGUUGACAGGAUGACUUGAGCAAUGGGUUAGUAAGUGACAUAAGAAAUUGUAGGUAGGAGUUUUAUCAUUUUCUCCUCUUCUCAAAUAUGAAAAAGCCAGCCAAAUGCAUCAACAGCAAAGUAUCAAACUAACAAAAUAAAUAAAAUGUACAAUAUUCGGGCCCAUUCAGCUGAACCACAAAGGUCUGAACAGCAUCUGUUUGCACAUGUCCAACUCAACAUUCUAAACCAACCGACCUUACUCUUAAUUCUUGGCAGGUUCCAACCUCCCCUUAUGGUGAUUUGGGAGCCAUUUUAUAUCCUAGGCUCCACCUCCGGAUCAUACCAUGUUGGAGGUAAAACCCAUAAGUAAUAAUACACAUAGAUGUUAACGAAAACUGAAACAAACAUGCACAUUACUAAAAUAAGUAACAUACAUACCUCAACUACAUCUUACCAUUCAACAUAUAAUCUUUAAAACAAACAAUUUAAUAUAAGCAGGUAUAAUGGUUGUGACCCUGCUGAUGUCACACCUAAGAAGGCUGCCAGUGUUUGUAUAAACAUCCAGGUUGAACAUUAAACAGGUUUGGCUCUGCCCAACAAAACUGGUAAGUGUAUAAAAUCUAUGUUGUUGUAUUUCCAAUAAAUGAUGUUUGAUGAAAACAUGUGUCUGUGGUUAUUUCCAUGUAGCAAACAAUUUUAACAAAACAUAUUCACAAUAACACUGUAUAUGCUCAGUGCUGCACUGUGACAGUUACAUUUACAUUUACAUUUAGACAUUUAGUAGACGCUUCUAUCCAAAGCGACUUACAAAGAGUUUAGGAGCAAUAAGCGAUAGUUCAUACAGGAGCCACAAUACAUCAGGUGCCAAUACAAAGUUAGUGGUUUCAACAAAACCACUACCUGUUGAGAGAAAGGGUUAGUGUUUGUUUUUUCUUCAUUUGUUUGUCAAGUAUUCACAGAAGAGAUGGGUUUUAAGUAGUUUUUUAAAUGUUGUGAGAGAUGUGGUUGAACGGACAGAGUUAGGAAGAGUUAGGAAGUGUUCCACCAGGAAGGAGUUGUGAAUGUUACAAGAACAGUUACUGGUAAGCAAGCACCAUCUUUCAUACGAUUGUCUCCGUGUAUUGUUCACAGUAUUUACUUUUAACAUUUGUGCUCCAGACACUUCCCGUUCCCGCAGCUGAAGAUGAUGCGGAGCUGAUGUUUGCUGCAUCACAAUGUGAAGCAGAAACUAAUAACAGAACUACGUCACAUCAUGCCUCAAGCGGGAUGCAUUCUUUGAGUGCACUUUUUCAAACAUUAAGUUUUUUUUUGGGAUUAAUACACUGUGGGCAGCAGUGUACGUCAGCCUACACCUCCAUCUGCAACAUCCAGUGCUUCUGCACAACCAACCGCAGCCUCCACUGCGUCUGCAUCUCCGCUAAAAGCACUCCAAACUGGUGUAUCGCAGACUGCUAGUGUGAAAGCGCUGUUGGCACGUGGGAAACAUUUGUCUCCUUCACAGCUCGCCAGAAAACUCCUUUCACCAGUUAAAUCCUAUCCAUUACUGAAGGUCCCUUUACCUCCUCCAGCACCAGAACUCCCUGCCAAACAUUUGGCCCAAAGGCAGCUUUUCGUAACUGACACCUCCGUUCCCGCUGCUGAAGAUGAUGCGGAGCUGAUGUUUGCUGCAUCACAAUGUGAAGCACAACUAACUACAGAGGCCUGUGCCGGUCCGUCUCCAUCAGCCGAAACAGCAAGAACACCAGAUCUUCCACAUCAACAGCCAUCGGCUGAGCUUCCAAGCCACUGGAAAGAUCAUCUUCCACCUUUCCAGCAUGAGUGGAUCCGGAACACACUAUUCGUGGCCAACCUGCGAACCGGCAAGCCAGAACAAGUGUCCCAGCUGAAGCUUUGGUGGCAUCCUCCUCAGCCCCCUUUAAUUCACACUCAGCCACCCGCCUCACCUGACCUCUUCUUCUGUCGGCCCCUUUUCUUAUGGAUGCCGCUGAAGAUGUGGUUAAUUCCUCUUGUCUGUGUUCGCCCAGACUGUGGUAAGCACAGACUGACAGCGGCAGGACUCUACCGUACUGUGCGCAAGGUCUUAGACAUCGACAGGUGGUAUGACCUUGCCACUGAGUAUCUGGAGUGCAAAGGCUGCAAAAAGAAGUAUCCCGCCUGGUCUGAGGACAUCUUAGGACAGCUGGAUAUGGGCCACCGCAGUCAGUUUCCAGCUUUGCUGACAUACAGAUACUCAUGUGACAACAGGGUGCUGAGGAUGAUGAAGGAGAGGACACUGGGCAACAGUGUGACUCAGCUUUACAAGAAGCUGAUGGAACAACACAGUGAGGCAUGGACACAGCGUGUCCUGCAGUACCUUACUGCCUGUGAACCAUUCACAACAUCCUCCCUUGUGCAGCCUCCUGUGUUUGCUGAGCCUCCUCUCUUCCCUGCCCUACCUAAACCUAAGUGGCUGUUAGCUGUGUACGCCAGGGAUGUUCUGGGGCGACUGCACGAGGUCAAGGCCAAAAUUACUUCUAUCUUUGGUUGUGUUCUCAAGAUGGACUCCACAAAAAAGGUCACAAAGAAACUUGCCGGUGCUGCUUCAGGAACAGCUGUAUGGUGCACAAAUGUUGGGAAUGAGCAUGGUCAAGUCCUUGUAUCUGUUCUGACAGCCGCCGAGGGACAUGGACUGGACUCCAUGGCAGCUGGCCUCAUGAAACGCUACCGGGAGGCAGGAGAGGCUGCCCCAAAAGUGAUGUACGUGGACAGAGAUUGCUACAGUCAGCACGCCCAGUCUUGGGUGAAGGUCAUGUUUUCAGAGUGGGAUGAGCUUGAAGUGCACCUCGACAUCUGGCAUUUCAUGCGGCGAUUUGCUGCAGGUGUCACUACAGAGGCUCAUCCGCUUUACGGCAUCUUCAUGGCACGACUAUCCACGUGCAUCUUUCAGUGGGAUCCAGAGGAUGUGGCUGCUCUUCAGCGUGCAAAGGUGGGUGAGCUGGCGGCAAAUAAGACUGGCCCCAUCUCAGAAAAGGUUCUGCUCGCAUUACCAGGAGAGAGUUGGCACUGCACUGCCGGAGGAGGACCAGGGGUGUGGAGGAGACCACCAGAUUGAUUGGA